AUGUCCACACGAUACAAAUUGAACACAGGUGCCGAGAUUCCGGCGCUCGGAUUCGGCACCUGGCAAGACGAGGGGGAACAGGAGGAUGCCGUCGCCGAGGCAAUAAAGAGCGGAUAUCGUCACAUUGACACGGCGCGCGUCUACGGCACCGAGCAAGCCGUUGGAAGAGGAGUCAAGAAGAGCGGUAUCCCUCGCAAGGAUCUAUUCAUCACGACCAAGCUUUGGUGCAACAAGCAGCAUCCAGAUGAUGUAGAGCCAGCCCUGCAGAAGUCGCUGGAGGACCUCGGUAUGGAUUAUGUCGAUCUAUAUCUGAUACACUGGCCCGUGGCCUGGAAGCGAGGAGAGGAACUGUUUCCAAAAGACAAUGGGGUGCCGGUGAUGCAGCAUGAUGUCAGACUUAUGGAUACCUGGAAAGCCAUGGAGCGGGUUUUGAAAACGGGCAAGACCAAAGCUAUUGGGGUGUCGAAUUGUGAUAAGUUUGAAAUGGAGCAUCUGGUCAAUAAUACCUCGGUGGUUCCUGCUGUGCAUCAGCUGGAAUGCCAUCCUUGGUUGCAGCAGAACGAUUUCACGGCCUGGCAUCGGGAUAAUGGAAUUCAUGUCACGCACUACUCGCCGUUUGGAAAUCAGAAUGCUUUCUAUGGCGCGAAACGCGGGAUCGAGAGGUUGAUCGAUGAACCUGUGCUGGCGGAGAUCGGUAAGAAAUACAACAAAAGUGCUGCGCAAGUUGUUCUGGCCUGGGGUGUCACGCUGGGUCACUCGGUGCUGCCGAAGUCCAAAACGCCGUCUAGAAUCAAGUCUAACCUCGAGGGAGACUUCAAGCUGAGUCCAGAUGACAUGAAGCAGAUUGAGAAGCUUGACCAAAAGCGUCGUUUUAAUGAUAGCAGUGGGGACUUUGGCAGGGACUUCUUCGCGGGUCUCGACGGGAUGAAGUGA